CACCAAAACGCUCAGAGAGCGUGAGAGAGACACACAGAGAGAGAGGAGGAUGUUGAACUGUAGUGUGACUGUACAUUUAUUGGGGCUAUAUUACCGGCUACGCACAGCUACGCACAUGGGGCUUUUGAAAGCCGGUUUUCUUGAGAAUAAAACAACUUUUUGGGGGGCGCGCGUGAAAUUUGAAGGCGGGUUUCCUGGUUGUCCUCAAAGGCAGACGCUGAAGAUUUGAAAGGUGCCUGAGUUGCCUCUGAAGGAAAGCGUAGAUGUGCGUUUAAUUUUUGUUUUCAUUUCUUCAGCCUGGACUUUAAUUUCUGCCCCGAAAGACUCUGAAAAGCUCCGGCUCGUUACACAGCAAAAAUUGCGGAUGAACUCACCGGACAAACUGGGAUAAAAUUUCCUCAAAGAGCCGAGAGUUUGGAGGCUGGAUGAGCAGCUCCGGGUGAACUACUGUUAAAUGGAUCCUCUGUGUGUUUGGACACUGAAGCUGGCUUUUGUCAGUGAGUAGGACAGUGUUGGGAGCUGUCCAUCACUCCCAGAGCCGGUGGAGCGGACUUGAGCGCAGUCUUUACCUAUUUUUGCCCUCGCAGUGAAUUAGAGGAUUUGCGCGACCGCUGUGGAUGUUUUAAUAUGCAAGGAUGGGUCCGCUAGCGUUCAUCCUUGUUAGUGGAUUACUGUACUUUCAAGCUGAUGGAUCCCGUCUGCGCCAGGAGGACUCCCCGCCCCGGAUUGUGGAGCAUCCCUCUGACCUGAUCGUAUCCAAAGGGGAGCCUGCCACUCUCAACUGUAAAGCGGAGGGGCGACCCACCCCGACAGUGGAGUGGUACAAAGACGGGGAGCGGGUGGAAACGGACAAAGACGACCCACGUUCACACCGCAUGCUGCUUCCGACMGGCUCGCUUUUCUUCCUGCGCAUUGUUCACGGACGACGGAGCAAACCCGACGAGGGAGCCUACGUYUGCGUGGCCCGGAACUACCUGGGAGAAGCCGUCAGCCGUAAUGCGUCCCUGGAAGUAGCAUUGCUGCGAGAUGACUUCAGGCAGAAUCCUACUGAUGUGGUGGUGGCAGCAGGAGAGCCAGCAAUACUUGAAUGUGUCCCUCCCAGAGGUCAUCCUGAACCCACCAUCUACUGGAAGAAAGACAAAGUGCGAAUCGAUGACAAGGAAGACAGGGUCACUAUUCGAGGAGGAAAGCUCAUGAUCUCAAACACAAGAAAGACUGACGCUGGCAUGUACGUGUGUGUGGGCACCAACAUGGUUGGAGAACGGGACAGUGAGACGGCACAAGUAACUGUCUUUGAGCGACCAACCUUCCUUCGGAGGCCAAUCAACCAGGUGGUCCUAGAAGAGGAGACGGUUGAAUUUCGGUGCCAGGUACAAGGAGACCCUCAACCAAAUGUUCGCUGGAGGAAAGAUGACAUCGAUGUUCCUCGUGGGAGGUACGACAUCCGCUACGACAAGGACGACUAUAUGCUGAGAGUGAAGAAAGCCUCCAUUAGCGACGAGGGCACGUUCACCUGUGUGGCAGAAAACCGCGUGGGCAAGCUGGAAGCUUCGGCCACUCUCACAGUCAGAGCUCGCCCUGUUGCUCCACCCCAGUUUGUCAUCCGCCCACGGGAUCAGAUCGUGUCACAAGGCCGCACUGCCACCUUCCCGUGUGAAGCCAAAGGAAAUCCCCAACCAGCAGUUUUCUGGCAGAAGGAGGGAAGUCAGAUUCUGCUGUUCCCCAGCCAGCCCCCGCAGUCCAACAGUCGCUUUUCCGUGUCGCCCGGCGGAGAGCUCACCAUCUCAUCUGUGCAGCGAGCAGAUGCCGGCUACUACAUUUGUCAGGCUCUGACCGUUGCGGGCAGCAUUCUCGCUAAGGCUCAACUGGAGGUCACAGAUGUUCUCAUAGACAGACCCCCACCUAUCAUCCGCCAAGGCCCGUCCAACCAGACCCUGGGGAUGGACAGUGUUGCACUGCUGAAGUGUCAGGCAUCUGGAGACCCCAUCCCCUCCGUCAGCUGGCUGAAGGACGGGGUCAGUCUACUGGGAAAGGACUCCCGCAUGUCGCUUCAGGAGCUGGGCAGCCUGCAAAUCAAAAACAUCAAGCUCUCAGACUCGGGGAUCUACACGUGUGUGGCCACCAGCUCAAGCGGGGAAACGUCGUGGAGCGCUUUCUUGGAAGUCAAAGAAUCAUCGGCAGUGAUUGUCACAAAGAGCUAUGAUGAGAUUGAGCUUCCAGGUCCACCGUCUAAACCCCAGGUCACCGACGUUACCAAGAACAGCGUGUCGUUGUUGUGGCAGCCCGGGGUGACCGGAGCCUCUCCUGUCUCUUCCUUUGUCAUUGAAGCUUUCAGUCAGUCUGUGAGCAACAGCUGGCAAACCGUGGCGGACCAUGUCAAGACCACCCAGUUCACCGUCAAAGGCCUCCGUCCCAACACCAUCUACCUGUUCAUGGUCCGAGCCGUCAACGGCCAAGGCUUAAGUGAUCCGAGCCCAAUGUCUGAACCUGUUAGAACUCAAGAUAUAAGCCCUCCAGCCCAGGGAGUGGACCAUAGGUAUGUGCAGAAAGAGCUCGGAGAGGUCAUAGUUCGCCUGCAUAAUCCUGUUGUCCUGAGUCCCACCACUAUUCAGGUCACAUGGACAGUGGACCGUCAGUCCCAGUUCAUCCAGGGUUACCGGGUUCUAUACAGGCAGACGUCUGGGCUUCCUUCGCCAGGGGCGUGGCAGACCCAGGACGUGAAGGUGCCCUCGGAGCGCAGCGUCGUCCUGUCGUUGCUGAAGAAGGGCAUCGUUUAUGAGAUCAAGGUCCGGCCGUACUUCAACGAGUUUCAAGGCAUAGACAGCGAAUCAAAGACGGCGCGGACCACCGAAGAGGCUCCCAGCGCCCCCCCUCAGCAGGUAACCGUCCUGACAGUGGGAAACCAGAACAGCACCUCCAUCAGCAUCUCCUGGGACCCCCCUCCGCACGACCACCAGAACGGCAUCAUCCAGGAGUACAAGAUCUGGUGUCUAGGGAAUGAGACACGUUUCCACGUGAACAAGACGGUGGAUGCAGCCAUCCGCUCCGUGGUGGUGGGCGGGCUGCAGGUGGGCGUGGUGUAUCACGUGGAGGUCGCCGCCAGCACCAGUGCAGGAGUGGGAGUAAAGAGUGAACCUCAGUCUAUAAUCAUCGGGAAAGAGUUCCGGGACGUGAUCAUACACGGAAACCGGAACAACAGCAUCACGGAGCAGAUAACGGACGUGGUGAAGCAGCCAGCCUUCAUCGCUGGCAUUGGAGGCGCCUGCUGGGUCAUCCUCAUGGGCUUCAGCAUCUGGCUCUACUGGAGGAGAAAGAAGAGAAAGGGUCUCAGCAACUAUGCAGUUCAGUCCUUCACCUUCACCCCUGCAGUGACGUUCCAAAGAGUCGACGGCGGUCUGAUGAGCAAUGGAAGCCGUCCGGGCCUGUUGAACGCCAGUGACCCGGGCUACCCCUGGUUAGCCGACUCUUGGCCGGCGACCAGCCUGCCCGUCAACAGCAGCUCCGGAGGACCAAACGACUUGACUAAAUUUGGUCGAGGAGAUCUCCCCACUGGACAGGGAGACAAAACGGGCACCAUGCUUUCUGACGGAGCCAUCUACAGCAGCAUAGACUUUACAACCAAGGCUAACUACAACAGUCCUGGUCAAACAUCCCAAGCCAAUCCUUAUGCCACCACUCAAAUCCUCCACUCCAGCAGCAUCCAUGAGCUGGCUGUGGACCUGCCUGAUGCCCAGUGGAAGGCCUCACUUCAGACUAAGCAGGAAAUGGCAAACCUGGGCUACUCCCUGCCUGACAAGAACUCCUGCAACAACACCCUUCUUUUCAUUCCCGACUACCGAUUGGCCGACGGAUUGUCUAAUAGAAUCCCACACAACCAAUCACAAGAUUUCAGCACCACCAGCUCUCACAACAGCUCAGAGCGAAGCGGCAGUCUCUCAGGUGGAAAAGGAGGAAAGAAGAAAAAAACCAAGGCUGGAUCUAAACCUCCCAAAGCUAAUGGCUCCAACUGGGCCAAUGUUCCCCUGCCCCCUCCCCCGAUUCACCCUCUACCUGGCACAGAGAUGGACCUGUAUCCCAAUGAGCACCAUGACGGAGGAGGGUAUGAGAAUGACACCUGGGGCCCACCCAUGCCUGUGCAGACAUACCUUCAUCAAGGCAUGGAAGAUGAGCUGGAAGAGGAGGAGGAAAGGGUUCCCACGCCACCCAUACGAGGAGUGGCCUCCUCACCGGCUGCCGUCUCUUUUGGACAGCAGUCCACAGCCACCCUCACCCCGUCUCCCCGGGAUGAGAUGCAGCCCAUGCUCCAGGCCCAUCUGGAUGAGCUGACCAGAGCAUACCAACUGGACAUGGCUAAACAGACAUGGCACAUGCAGGGAGGCUCUCUUCCUCCCUUGGCACCAGCUCCGCCAGUGGGCUAUGUGUCGAGCACAAUGGUUUCCGACCUGGAGACUGACCUGCAAGACGAGGAGGAAGAGGAGGACGAGGAUGAGGAUGAGGGCUACGGAGCCAGACAUCCCCGCGGUCUCGAGCACACACCAGGGUCUAGCAUGGACAACCUGGACAGCUCUAUAACAGGGUCCAUGGUGAAUGGGUGGGGCUCGGCCUCGGAGGAUGAGCGUAAUUUUUCCAGCCAUAGAUCCAGUCUGGGCAGUUCUUCCGAUGGCUCCAUCUUUACCCACUGCAGCUUUGCCCAGGCCCUUGUGGCUGCUGCAGACAAGGCAGGCUACCGCCUUGAGGGAACUAGCCUCAGCAAGAGAGGUAAAGGCUUGUCCCACAGGCCCCGUCCCAGCAGUCCAUUUUCAACAGAUGGUAGCACAGUCGGCACACACAGCUUGGGCCACCAGAGGGUCACCAGGCCCACCCGCAAACCACGAAGUCAAGGCACAACACCUCACCGGAGAGACGCUGGUGCAGACGACCUACCUCCGCCCCCUGAGCCUCCUCCCUGUCAGGGCCAGGGUCGCAUCCAGGGCACCCGCAGUGUAAACAGCAUGGCACCACCCACGGACAGGAAGGCUUCGUCUCUGGAGCGCACGCCCAUGUCAGGGCCGCUCUGUGGGCCAGACGACAUGAAGAGCUCCAUUGACAGACAGAUGCGAACCUCUCUGGAACAUCAUCGCCAGGCCCAGGACCGGCUGGGCUCCAUGGACCGGACUGACGAUGCCCGCAGGUGCCACAAAUCAGAGGAUGGGUGUGUCCCGUACAGCAAGCCGUCCUUCCCCUCCCCCGGGGGCCACAGUUCCUCUGGGACGGCGUCCUCCAAGGGGUCAACGGGGCCACGCAAGACCGACGGGCCGCGGCAACCACAACAGUGGACCGCCACGGAGCAUGCCGAAUUUCUGGGGGCCAACGGACAUGGAGAGUUAUAGUGACCCUCCUGGGCUCCUGUCCAGGCCAAUAAACUUUCUCCUCUUACCUGUGCGUUCUCAGAAGGGGAGGUGCGCAGCAGCGGAGGGCGCCACAGCGACGAAGCAGUUUCACAGAACUAUACAUGUGAUGUAAAGUCACAAACAUACUGUACAUCUCACAAUGGUUUUGUCCUCAAGAAAAUAUUUUCCACCACCUACCUUACUGUAAUUUUCUUUUUGUUAGAAAAAGGCAAGUUUAAAAAAAGAAGAAAAAAAAAAAAGGAAACAUCUAUGUGGGGGGAGGGGGAACUUUGUUGUAUCUACCCUUCGGGAAAAGGGAAUUUUGUUUCCUGUAAAUAUUUUCUUUGCCAUGUUGUUGCAUUGCUAUGCAAACCCAAUAGAGUAAAUUUUUUUUAAUUAUUAUUUUAUUUCCAUAUACAAUAACAGUUGGGUUUUAUCUGGUUAAUUGUACUAUAUGUGAAUUAAGUGGCUUUUGUGCCAUACGAUAAUUGUUUUUUUAAUCCAUUGUUUGUUAAUAGCUACCAUGAAUUAUUAUUAAUAUUAUCAUUAUUAUUAAUAUUAAUUAUUGUUUUUUUGCACUGCAAUUUUUGGUGAUAAGCACAAAAACAUAGCUCCUGCUGACAUGAAGAACCGGACGAAUAUGUGAAGAGGAGUUUCUGUACUGUAAAGUAAAGAGAAGAAGAUUAUAUUCUAGUGUACAGAGAGAUAUUAAAGAGUCAUGCUUUUCUCACAGACAGCAUCCAUUUCUACAGUAGAGACGAACCGAGUGGCAGACGCUAGUCCUGAAGGCGCGAGGUAGAGCUACAAGCCUGGGAACGGAUCUGAAACGUAGGCAACUCAUGGAUUAGGCUAGGUAUUAAUUUAUUGUUCUCCUUCUUUUAAAUUUAUGAUUUAGUGCCUAAAACAUUUACAAAGUGGAUCUCAUGCUCCUACACAGUACAGCCUCAAACUUUAAAAAAAAAACAAAAAAAAACAAGCGGUGAACUUUGUCUGGAUGCUGACAUCACAUCAUGGCACAAAGAGGGUUUUAUUUUUUAUCAAGUUACAAACCCAUCUAAACUUCCUUCAACAACUAAAUUACGUUGUUUACAUUUUAUUCGAGCUGAUUUUGUUUUACAUUUGCUGUUUUAGCACUUAUUUAAUCGUUUAAUCUGUUAUCACCAAUCGUAUCAAUGAAGAAAACAUUUAGUUUACUGGGAACAGCCGAGUUAUUAAUGUGGCAAAUGUGGGAAAGUUGGUUACUCAGAUGUGAAACAAAUGGUCAGUUUGCCUCUUUGUCGAUUUCUAUACAGUUUAACCAUACAUACCUGUAACAUGUCAAUUAAUUCUUCGGUUACUUAACAAUUUUGAGAAAUUAAGAGCAGAAAAAAAAUCAUAAAAUCUCAAAAUUCAUGUUUGAUUUAUUUGAGAAUUAAAAAUUCCAACUAGCUUAGUUCUUAAUUCCAGGUUGAAACCAGUUCAUUUUAGACAUGGGCCAGAAUCAUUUUACGAUAACCUGUGAAAACAGCAUAGUGUUAUGCUAUUUACAUAAUAAAAUCUUUAUAACAUCAUGUAGAGAGCUACAUCAUGUGCUAAAAGCAACAAGUCUUCCUACUGCUGCUAAUAUAGUACAUUCUGCUGAUUAUUACAGUUUAAUGUUAUAUUUAGCUUCUUAUUAUUUAGCAUUUUGUUAAAUAAGGUUCAGGGUUUAAAGGUGAAUGUUAUAGUACAGAAUUCAUCACAUUUUUGCUCUAAAAUCAACAAGUUAUUAGUGUGGCUAGCUAGCCUGCAUUCACCUGCUUAAAUCCUACUCCUAACUUACCUACAGUUGUUUUACAACAGUGUUACCUUAUUAAGAUAAGAGGCACUCACUUAGGAUGGUUGCCAAUGGGGAGGAAAAAAAACACAAUUUAAGCUUGUGGAAAAUGUUGCAGAUCUCUUUACAGGCAGUGUAUAGGGGAAAAAUAGAGAUAACUGGAGAAAACUUAGGUCACUCUGGAAACUCUUCAAAUCUACUUUAAACCACAGAAGCUUUUCAUUUUUUAAAAUAAUUUUUUUGAGACCUUGGUAUACCUUGAUACAUAUAUUUGGCCCAUGCCUGGCAACACUUAUUAAAACUGAGAGUGAGGUCAAUGGAAGUGCAUGGACACAUCUAGUUCAAUGUGUCAUCAAUAAACCUAGAUUAAUCUGUCUUCACUGUCACUGGUGUUUAAAAACAAUAUUUAAAAUAAAUGACGCUUAACCUGGUGGGGAGGCAAGUAAAGCCUGGUGGCUCAUCAGGCUUAUAAAGCACAGGGGGAAACUCAGUGAACUAUAAAUGGAUUAGAUAAAAUUGAUUUGUCUUUAAAGUCCCCUAUUAAAGUCAGAAAUGACAAAAGGGCAAAGUGGCCAGCAUCCAAAACAAGUACAAUCAGCAUAGUAUUGUCAGAAACUUUUAUUUAUUUUUUAAUGGUGAUUACUACACACUGCACAUUUUUAGGUUAGAGAGCUGACGAAGCAAAGGCCUUGUACAUUAGCCAAUGGCUCCACUGCCUUCACAUCUAGAGCCACAGUGGGAAGCAAAAACCCUUUCUUAUCCACCUGACUGCCACAAAAACAUGCUCGUAUCAUUUACCGCUUUCGACUUCACAACAUCAGAUUUUUUUAGAUAUGAAUCUUUUCCAACAAAUGUCCUUUUUGGAAGCUAAGCUUGUUUCUUUGUAUGCCUUUUAUGGACUCCCAAGACGCUGCUUACAACAAUGUUUUUCAAUUGUAAUGUUCAGAAUUUUUGUGGUUCAAUGACUGUUUGUUUUUGUCUUUUUUGUACUGCUAAUGUUGAUAAAAAAUGGGGAUGGGGGAAUAGGGGAAACUAAAGGCCAUCAAAAUGCUGUUGUACUGUUGUCGUAACACCAUUGUCGUAUUUUAUUUUAUUUUUUUAAGGAUACACCCAGUGGCCAGUGUUCUGGGAAUGAGGUGCAGAGAGUAUCUCAGGUUAUUUAGCAUUCUGGUGGUGUUUAUGUAUGUGUAUAUAUGUGUAUAUAUCCAUACACAUCUCCACUUGAUUAUUCCAUUCCUUUUUUAUUAAUAAACACUUUCCAUCCCAUGUUGGAAUCCGUUAUACUCCUUUUUUCCCGUUAUUUUCAUUACUUUUUAAUUUUCUGCUGUGGACUUUGAUCCCAAUGUGCUGGUUCAUCCAACUUAAAGACAAGAUGUCAGUAAAAGAACAUACCAAAUUUGAAAUUGAUAUUUCUAACGUCUAAAUGCAUUUUUGUGUCUUUAAUACUCAAUUUUCUUUUAAAUCACAGUGUCGUUUUGUAUUUAUUAAAAUGCUAAUAAAGGUAUAUUGUGAAAUAUGCAUACAAAUUUGUAAGAUAUAAAAUGUGUUGUUUUUUUUUUCUUUUUAACUGUUAUCUUUGUUCCUUGUGAACCUUGGGGUCGGGGCUGAGCAGCGAGGCCGUUAAGAGGUGAUGUGGAGACUGUGCUCUCAGCACCGUGACACGUCGGUCAGUUGUCAUCCAAGUCGCUCUUUGUCUUGCAUGUUCACUGCACUGCUCUUCUCGAGUCGUAACUUUUUGACACGGGGAGUAAAAACACAAUUUGCUCGUCAAGACAAAAGAGAAAAUGUCUUUUUCAAAGUGCUUUACCUCUUUCCGUUUGUUUUCUCAAUAUUGUUGGUUCUUUGUAGCCUAUCUGUGUCUUUCCUUUUUGCUAUAAAAGCGGAUUAAAAAUGACAAAAAGUGAAA